CAGACUCGAUAAGUUCUGAUGAAUUGCAAAAAAAAAAAAAAAAAAAAAAGAGAGGAGUGGAAGAUGAAGCCUGGUACGGUUGAUGGAACGCUUGUACUUUCGUCUUGAAAGUGCUUGAAACCGCGCGGACUGAGCGUUUUAACGAAACGGACGUUUGGAGAAAAAAAAGAGAGAGAGAGAAAGUCAAGUGGGGUUUCGGUGCACGAUAAAAUUGAAUUUUCAGCGAUGGUUACAUCCUCGACGGAACAUGCAACUGGCCCGAUACAAAUUUAUACGCCGGAAUCUUGACCCAGAAAUACGAUGUCGUUCUUUGCUGCGCUGCACGCUGAUAAAUCGCACGAGAACUUGCUCGCGAGAAACCGAUGGCCGAUUGGUAGAGGGAGAUCAGAUAUUGGCGAUAGAUGGACAACCAUUAGAUUCGAAUAUCUCUCAUGAACAGGCAAUCUCAAUCCUCCAGAAGGCACGUGGUCUGGUUGAGUUGGUCGUAGCAAGAAGCACUCAAGACGUUGGGAGCUCUUUGCCGACGGAUGAGUUGUCCGGAGCAUCGAGUUCGACAGCGGCCGCGGGAGCAGGUGUGUCCAUCAUCGGCGGCGUUGUCGGCGGGACA